AAUUCAGAAUUAAAUUUAUGUUAGUAAAGUCACGACCGUUAAAACGAAACGAAUGUUGAGUUAUACUUAGUUUCAACGAAAUUGUGGCUUGGUUUGCGGUUAUAAAAGUAAAAUUUUGUUAUUUUGGUGUGAAAUUUUGUUAAUUUUUUUUCGACCUGGCUAAUUGCAUUGAUUCAUUUUAUUAAAAUGGAAAUGGGUGAAUUAGAAUCAGUAGCAACGUCAUCCGAUGGGCAACAAAAUUUGUCUGCAACUUCUCAAGAACAAUUUAAUCGUCUCAUCGAACACCUCCGAAACUCAAAUGAAGAUGAAUUUUUGGAAGAAAUCAAUUCCGUUGACGAUCGUGAUCAACUCAAGAAAUUCUUUUCGAAAGUCGACAACAGCGAUACGCUUCUGAUUUUGGCGGUGAAAAAUGGUUUGCUGACUGCUGUUGAAAAACUACUUGAGUUGGGAGCCGAUGUGAAUGCUUCGAACCAAGCGAAACACCCUCUUACACCAUUGAAGGCCGCUUGUAUAUUCGGUAAAUCUGACGUGCUGAAGACUCUGCUACAAAGGCCGGAAUUGGAUUCGGAAAAUGCUGGGUCAUUUGUGUCGAUUGUGGUAAAGAAUUACGAUUAUAAGCACACCGACCACAAAGGUUGUUUGGACGAACUGUUGAAACAUAAAGGAAUCGACAUCAACGAAUCCGAUGCGAUUGGUUUUUCGGCAUUACAUUAUGCACUGAGUCGCAACAAUGAGGAUGCAGUGCUCAAACUAUUGGAAAGUGGCGCUGUCAUUGAAGUAAAGAACAAAUAUCACAAAAUUGCUCUGUCAGAUGCCAAUCCAAAGAUUCUAGAGAAACAUUUCAAUAGUUGCAUCACCACCGACGGGAAUUACUUCGAUGACAACUUUGAAAUCCAUUUUGACUACAAGAAUUUGAUUCCAAUCAGUCGCAAAGGUGAAAGCGAAGGUUCGAAUGUUGAAGAAUCACAUGCAAACUGUCCCGAUGAAAUGGCCACCAUCGAAAGCAUUGCAGAGUCGAAAGAGCUCAGACAAUUGGUCUGUCAUCCUCUGAUUACAAGCUUCUUGUUCCUGAAGUGGAAUCGAUUGGCGUACAUUUUUUACAUCAAUUUCAUUUUGUGUUCGUUGUUUGCUGUUUGCUAUAUCGCCUAUAUUUUGACUUACUACACUAAUGUGAUCGCAUCGAACUCAGUGCAGUGUAAAAAUGCAACGAGCCCAAACUACGCUGACCCAGAAACCCAUCCAAUGGCAUCGUCUUUCUUGCGAGUCGCUACGAUCAUACUAACGGUUUGUAUAUCGUUGCGUGAACUAUUUCAGUUAGCAUUUGCGCCACGAACUUAUUUGAAAAGUGUGGAGAAUUAUUUGGAAUUGCUUUUAAUCACAUUUGUGGUCAUGAUUUUGAUUCUAUUCAAUCCGAAUCCAACUUGUGAACGCCUUUUAUCGAAUGACUGGGUUAGAACGAUUGCUGCCAUUUCAAUUUUGCUCGUUGCAUUUGAAAUUUUCCAUUUGGCUGGUUCACUACCAUGCUGGUCAUGUCCCAUUCAUUAUGUUAUGCUUAGAACAGUCACGAAAACAUUCCUACGAAGUCUGCUACUGUAUGCCAUCAUUUUGAUUGCAUUUGCAUUAACGUUCCUGGCUCUACUAUACGAUCCGUCACCAGCGGAUGAUGGUGAUGACGAAACGUUCAAAUUUAGCAAUGUAAAGUCGUCGCUCUUCAAGACGUUAGUCAUGUCCAUUGGAGAAUUUGAUGCUGGUAGUAUCGGAUUCGAUCGGAAUCCAUCGAGCUACAUCUUCUUCGUCGUCUUCAUGUUUAUUGUAGCAACAGUACUGUUCAAUUUGUUGAAUGGUUUGGCUGUAAGCGACACUCAAGUGAUCAAAUCCGAAGCUGAACUCAUUCACAAUAUUCGACGGUGUCAAGUGUUGGCGAGGUACGAAAGAGCAUUACUGAGUGGCAACAGUUGGAUUGGCUUUCCAAUUAUCCAGAAAUAUUUUUCUCGAUCCAGUAUCAGUGUAGCGAAUCAGUUAAAAGCAGAUAAAAUACUGACGGUGAAACCAAAUUUGAAUAAUCAAAUCGUAUUCGCUCAGGAUAAUGGAAUAAAUUGCAUCAGAUGUUGUCACGGUAUUGAUCCAUGUUGUCGAAUGGAUGGAAGAAUCGUUAAAUUGGCAUCGUCUGUGCUGGAGAAAAUCAAAAUGGAAAAGUACGAACAAAAUGAGAGGGAUCAAAUUAAAACUCUAAUCAAAAAUGUGGAAAAAUUACUCGCCGCGAAACGAUUUUUGCCUUGAAAAAAAAAAUGUACGAAAUUCAAUGAAUAUAUUGGAUCAUUCCUAAAAUGAUCUGCAAACUAACUACACUGACUCUUGCGUUUGGGCAUA